ACUGUAUUUUUUUGGCGAGUCAAUCGUCAAUUAAGAAUUGCAUUAAUUAAGAAUUGCGUCAAAGCUCCUGUAUAUUUAUUCUAUAAUUUUUAACGAUAAUAUCGUUAUCGUUCAACGUCGUUGCGCAGCUAUUACAUUAUAUUUAUAUGACGACUCAAGCGUUAAGAAAUUACAAAGCAGCCCUGCUAAGAAUUUCCACUGUUGCGGAACCUUGGAUUGAUGACGUCAGAAACGAGAAGACACAUGCCAAGAAUUUUUGCGUGCUAUUUUUAAAUAAAGAUAUUUGUAUGAAAGAACAGUUCAGAACGCUUGAACAUAUCUGUAAGAUGAAAAUGAUAUGCAAGAAUUUUUGGCAUGCGUUUUCUCGCAGUUUUCUGACGUCGUCAAGCCAGGAUUUCGCAGUAAUAGAAUGCCAGGAGCCUUAAAAAAUAUAAGAUAAGGGAUAUCGUAUAUACUGAGUAUAUAUCGGGAAAAGAUGGAAAUUGUUUCGUCCGCAAUAGCGCUGAUAUCGAAAGCGUGUUUGUCUUUUGAAAAAACAAGGGAUAGUCUUUUGCAACGCGAACGUCAAUAUGACAACUGCCUUCGGACGAAUCACUGGUUAGAACCGGUGAAAAUAGUAAAUUGCCAAGUGACGUUACCUCAGUCCAGAUAAUCGAGAACGGUUCCGUCGUAGGAAGCGGAAUCUGCACAGCGAAAGAUGGGAAACGCGAACUCCACGCGGCCGCCUAAGACCCAGAAAGAUCGAAAGACAGAAGGCCACGGCAGCGCAGAUACCGGAAAAGGUAGACGGUCCGUGAGCGGAAACGGCAGAGCGGCGGCCGGUUCGAGUACGCGGAACUUCGGCAAGCGUGAUCGCGUCGGUGCGCGAGCGACGAACCCGUUCAUCAUUUUCUUCCUGCAGUUGCGCAGCAAGAAGCCGAAGGAGCCGGUCACCGUGGUAGCACGGGCCGCCGGCAAGUUGUGGGGUCGCAUGUCGUCCGAGCAGAGGAAGAAGUACGUGGAUCUCGCGAACGAGGAGAAGAAGCGACGACAGGAACACAGGCGACGGCGAAAGCAUUCGAAUGCGCGCUCCAGGAUGAAGUAGUGGAGGCUUUUGGAGGAUCGGAUACAGUAAAGCGCGGACGACUCUGUGUCGACAUCAUGCACUACUAUACAUGCUGCACUUAUCAUCGCACUCGCUGAGACAUCUGCAAAUGACCAGAGCUCAGUUAUCA